ACCGCGAGCUUCCGUCCAGCUCAUUCCCUCUGCAGCAGCAGAAGUUGACAAGGAAAACACACAAAGUUGUUCAAGUUGAGUUUCUGAGACAUAAGCGACAGUUGACACCGCCGAACAUCGACCUGCAUCAGUAUGAUUUUACUGACGAUGAUCGCUCGUGUCGCGGACGGAUUGCCGCUCUCUGCGUCCAUACAGGAGGACGAACAGUCAGGAAGAGACCUCCAGCAGUACCAGAGCCAAGCCAAGCAGCUGUGCCGUAAACUGAAUGCUCAGAGUCCAGACCGCUGUACUCUGGAGGCCGGGGACAUGAACUUUCACUAUAUAAUAGCACAGGGUGUAUGCUACCUGUCCCUCUGUGAGGUGUCUUUUCCCAAAAAGGUGGCUUUUGCCUUCCUUGAAGACCUCCACAAUGAGUUCCAUGACCAGUAUGGAAGAAAAGUACCCACAGUAACAAGGCCGUACUCCUUCAUCGAGUUUGACACAUACAUCCAGAAGACAAAGAAGACAUAUGUUGACAGCAGAGCCAGGAGGAACCUGGGCAGUAUCAACACAGAGCUACAGGAUGUCCAGAGAAUUAUGGUGGCAAAUAUUGAGGAAGUUCUGCAAAGAGGAGAAGCUCUUUCUGCUCUAGACACCAAAGCCAGCAAUCUGUCCACCCUGUCAAAGAAGUACCGCAGCGAUGCCAAAUACCUCAACACUCGCUCCACCUAUGCCAAGGUGGCUGCUGUGACAGUGUUCUUCAUCACACUCAUCAUCUAUGUGCGUUUCUGGUGGCUCUGAUGGACUCUCAAACAAGGACUUUGGCAUUAAGGGGGAGAUGUCUCUAUU